UCACAGUUCUGCCAGCUGGGCGGUUCCAAUUUUUUCAUAUUUAUAUUAUAAUUAAACAAAACAAAUUAUUCUUGCCAUUGUGUGCCUACGCAACAAAAUUUAAUGUUCGAGCCAGCGCCAACCGUGACGUGUACAUCGACUUUUACUCUAAUUAAAGAGAGGUGCUCGAGUGCCCGCUAUAUGGCAGAGGCCUCAACAUGAAGGUGGACGUGGACGGCCGGGAAGCAGCAGCCUGCAGUGCUACUCCGAUUGCUAGUAAUACAGAGUCGCCUGUCUCAUUCCUUGACGACUGCGGUGUAAACACCUCAGAUCCGAUCCCGACGCCCGAGCAGGCAUUGCUCGCCAAACUGGAGGAGGAAAACCGGAGAAUCGAGGCGGACGCAAAGUGCCCCUCGCUAACCACCGUGCACAGUCGCAAGAGUUCCGAUACAUCACAGAUAUCGUUAGCUUCGGCGACAAGCUCGAGCCAUGAAGAAGCAAAGGUCGAGAGCAACGGUGAAGAAGAUUUAUGGGGUCUCUGGGGCAGACUGGUCAGCAAUUGGGAGACGGAGUGGCGUCGCCGCAACCAGUUCGUGCGAGAUCUCGUGCGACAGGGGGUUCCUCAUCAUUUCAGAGGCAUCGUUUGGCAGCUACUAGCAGGAGUCGAUGCCUCCCCCGAUAAGAAACUAUACGCGUCUUAUAUUAAGGCCAAAUCAGCUUGUGAAAAGGUGAUUCGUCGUGAUAUUGCUCGCACCUACCCAGAGCACGAUUUCUUCAAAGAAAAAGAUGGCCUAGGGCAGGAGUCCCUUUUUAAUGUAAUGAAGGCGUACUCGCUCCACGACAGAGAAGUCGGCUACUGCCAAGGCUCUGGUUUUAUUGUUGGACUUCUAUUAAUGCAGAUGCCUGAGGAGGAAGCUUUUGCAGUGCUGUUAAAGAUAAUGCAGCAUCAUCGGAUGCGUGACAUGUUUAAGCCGAGUAUGGCUGAACUCGGCUUGUGCAUGUUCCAACUCGAGAACCUCGUUCAAGAACUCUUACCUGAUCUCCACGUACAUUUUCAGUCUCAGAGCUUCAGUACAUCAAUAUACGCCAGUAGCUGGUUCCUGACACUGUUCACGACUACACUCUCGCUACCGCUAGCUUGUCGUAUCAUGGAUGUAUUCCUGUCCGAAGGCAUAGAGAUUGUGUUCAAGGUCGCUCUUGCGUUGCUCACGCUUGGCAAAAAUGAUCUUUUGUCGUUGGACAUGGAAAGCAUUUUAAAGUACAUGCAGAAAGAGUUGCCGUCGAAAGCGGAGGCCGAUCAGGACGCGUUUAUGAAUCUCGCAUAUUCAAUCAAAGUUAAUCCUAAGAAAAUGAAGAAAUUAGAAAAGGAAUACACGGUUAUAAAAACGAAGGAGCAAGGGGACAUUGCUGUGCUCAGAUGUCUCCGCCAAGAGAAUCGGCUACUCAAACAACGGGUUGAACUGCUCGAGAAAGAAAGUUCGGCGCUCGCAGAACGAUUGGUUCAAGGUCAAGUGGACCGAGCCGAGGGUGAAGAAGAGACGUUCGCCUUAGCGCGAGAGGUUCAAGCAUUGAGACGCGCUAAUAUGGACGCUCAACAGAGAUUAGCAGUGGCCCAAGAUGAAAUCAGAAGCUUGGAAAUGACCAUCGCAGAGAACAAUUCCCGUCAAUCAUCUCUAGAAGGCACAGAAGGUAACAACGCAAAAGGCGAAGAACUCGCACGAUGUCUUCAACGAGAACUCGUUCGUGCGAGACUGGACGCGGCAGAGAGACAGGCUGCCGAGAGAGAACUGAACGCUAGGAUCGCAGAACUAGAGAAUGAAAAUAAAAUGUUAAGAAAACAACGCGUAGACAAUAAUGUUGCUCACUUGCAGGACGAGUUGAUAGCAGUAAAACUUCGCGAAGCAGAAGCUAAUCUUUCGUUAAAGGAUCUACGACAACGUGUCACAGAAUUAUCAGAUGCUUGGCAAAAGCAUUUGCAGGAACAUAAACAAGAAGCACCGCCGCCCCCCGCUCAGUCGAAUGUUGUAUCAGAUAUAAUGGCAACACCUAAAAAGUUACUGCGUGCCUGGGAAGGCAGGUCCACGGACAUGCAGAAACUUGAAGAGGAACUAAUGACUAUUAGGAUAAAGGAAGUCGAAGCACUUACUGAAUUAAAGGAGCUCAGACUUAAGGAAAUGGAGCUCCGGACACAAGUGCAGGUGUCGACGAAUCAGCUUCGCAGGCAGGACGAGGAACUAAGGCAGCUACGUGAAUCACUCGACUCUGCACUGCAGAGGGAACGGACGCUGCAGACCAGGCAGAGGGAGUUCCAGCACAAAUAUUCGGACCUCGAGAGCAAGGCGAAAUAUGAAUCAAUGCAAGCUAAUAUAAGAAACAUGGAAGACGCUCAGAGAAUAGCCGAAUUAGAAACUGAAGUAUCAGAAUAUAAGCUAAAAAAUGAAGUGAUGGCGACUGAGGGAGAAUUACGAUGUAAUAAUAUGGACGAUUCAGACCGAGUUCGCGAAUUGCAGGAACAAGUCGCCGAACUGAAGGCUGAGGUCGUGAGGUUAGAGGCGUGGAAGGCGCGCGUGCUGGGCCGUUCGCUCAGUCGCACCACCUCCUUCGAAGACGACAUCGAAGAUGACGAUAAGCUAAAUCUCAUCCUGCGGAGGGAAUCCUCAACAUCGCUCGACCACAUCAGAAAGACUACGUAGCACGCAUUACACUUGUGGAACUUGAUCGUAUAUUUUUUUUAAUGAAUUAUCCUUAUCUUUAUUGAUCGCGCAGCUUUCUUAACUAUUGUACUUAUUUAUUAUAUGUAUAUUUACAUAACACAUAUACAUAGUUUAGAUGCCAAUAAAAAUAACAUCGGCGACUAUUUUAUUGUACAAUCUCUAAAUUUGACUUAAAUUAUUGCUAUCCCUUUCUACAUAGCAUGUUAGACAGAGAUGGCAAUGUGUUAUUGCUAUGAAAUUAAUUUAGUUUAUAAUAAUCUGUGGACGGCAGAACGUGCAUCAGUGAAUGUUUUUAAUGUAAAUUAUAAUUUGACGAUAAAUUAACGUUUUUAUGUGUAUAUUUGCAAGUUGAAUGUAUGCGCGCAUGCAUGUGUGUCUAUAUGUAUAAAUAUUACUACUUGUGUUUGACCGUCUCUUGAUGGUUUCAAUAUUUAUUUUUUUCAAAUAUUUUUUAUUUAAAUCAUUGUAUUAUUGUGAUGAAAACAAAGAGCCUAUUUUUUAUGUACAACUAAAACAAGUUCCGAAUAAAUCUUCUGUAAUAUUGUGGUCGUAAAAUAUUUUCAAAUUUAAUAGUAAGGCAACUUAUUUACUACGACGUCAUUUUUAUAUAUUUAUAUAAAAUUGUAGACAUUUUCAUGUUAGUCGAUUAUGAUAAAGUAUUUCACAAGAUUUGAUAACGAACUAAGUAUAAAAAAUAUAUAUAAAUAUAUCAUUGACCGGUUUCUCGUGAUAAUUUAAUUGAAUUCAAUUAUAAAAUCAAUUAUUUAAUGUUUAUCAAAAAUGAAAUCCUUAAACAAAUUUCCAAUAAAUAAACAUUAAUACAUACAGAUAAAAAAUGAUAUAAAUAUAUAUGUAUGUAUGUUCACAUUACUUAGAAUCGAUCAAAUCUCACGACGUUUCUAAACAAGAUGUAGUAUAUAAGAAUAAAUUAGGCAAGGGAGACAACAAUAGCAUGUUGUCCCUGUCCUAUUGUGUAGAGAUUAUAGUCGGUAAAAACAUUGAUAAAUAAUUUGAUAUCUCAAAUAACCGUAAUUGGAUUUAAACGCAAUUAGUCAAUUUGAAAUCGUACUAGACUAGCCGCAACACAUGUCUGCCAAUAUAUUCCUUAGGUGAAUUAAAUAUCUAGCUAGCGUCGCACUACAAAAGAACUACAAAAAUGAGCCAACUUUAUUGUAUUGGAAUGCGUUGGUGACAGACUAUAUAGACAUAUAAAUUAUCAAAGUGUAAUUCAAUCGUUAAAUCAAUAAGUCUGAUUUAAUCGCCUCAUCAAACAAAAUGUGCCGAAUGAUGAUUUUACUGUACGCAAUCUCUGAAACCCAAACAGCAGUAUUUAUGUUGUAUGUAUGAGGCUGAGUGAGCCGUUAUAGUUACUCAAGGCGUUGUCAUCAUCAUCAAUGAUGCAUUAACUAAUAUAUGGGUGAUGAUUACGUGACCCAUUUGCCAGUUAUACUCUUACUUACAUUAAAUUGAUAGACAGGGACAGAUCUUCAAAAAUAUUGCCAUUUCUUUCGAAUGUGCUGUGUCAAAAAGAGAAAGGCAUUGAUCGUGUCAUAUGAUCUAUUCGGUAUUAGGAUUGCGUACAAUAGAAUCGAUCGCGUAAACUAUGUAUCAAAACAUAUAACUCGCUUACUAAUAAGAAGUUAGAAUUAAAAUGUUUCAAUUAAAAAGGGCGUUCAUAGUAUCUUGUUGCGGCUAAUCUUUUAAGUGAAAUGUAUUCAAAGUAAUGCACGUAUUUCUCUAGAAGUUUUUCAUUGUUAGAUUAGUGUUUAAUAUCGUUUAUACUCUCUUAGUCUAGAUAACAAUAGUGUCCAAUUCCCGAUGCCAAGUUUGUAGAUCAUUAUUAUCUUAUUCUCAAUUUAUAUGUACGAACGAAUUUAGAAAUCCUAAUUAUGUAUGACGGUAGUUAUAAAAUCUAGUUACUUUGUUAUUGAGCAAUUUCAUCAAAAUUUGCUCUGAAAACGAGUUCACUUAAAUUUUUUUUAUAUAUAUUAUAGGACCACCCCGGUGAUCUUUUUUUUUAUAAACACACAUGACACAAUUUAAAUUAAUGACCAUUAAUUAUAAAACGGUAACAAAGAACAGUUGACGUGUUUGUAUUUAGAGAAAAAAUCGAAUUCGUUUAUUUUAAUAUGUUCCAACAAUCCCUUUUUUGGUUCUCGACCUUAUGAGUAUUUUUGUUGUUUAUUCUUUUUCAGUAUUAAUAUGUAAUUUAUAAGCUUGUUUACAUAAACACUGAAUCCUUUAUAUCAAUAUAUUAUAUUCUUUAUUUGACGAUUAUAAUAAAUAAAUUAAGUAAAUCAUCAAUUCUAACAAAUGUGACAUCGUCCUUAUAGUGACAUUCCAUUAUGCUUAUAAUUUUAUAAGUUUUUUAUGGUUGUGUGGGUAUAUGUUGUUUUUAGGAUUAGUUUAAUGUAUUCAUAUAUAUCAUUCCUUAGGUCAAGGAAUUACUCCAAUCCGAAUUAUCUUGACUUUCCCAAACUCAUAUUACAAAAAUAUGUGAAAUAUAACUGACUUAUAUUUUUUUUUUAUUAUUAUUAUAAUCAAAAAACGAAUCGCUUUAGUCGUUAUUAAAAAAUAUGACUAAAUUUUUAUAAUUUUAUUAUGUAUUUAAACUUGGAUUUAUUAAUUGAUAAAUGUCCUCAACAUAAUCUCACGACAGACGGAUAUAAUACGUCAUACUAACAUUUAACAUGAUUGUAUGUACUUAGUUAAUUAUUUACUUGUUGUUUUAGGUUUUAAGUUUUUUUUUUUAAAUAUUGAAUGUCAAUACUCAUUUAAGUCGUCCUAAAUCCAUAUACAACAUACCAUAGAUAAUUUUUCAAACAAUAACAAAUUAAAAUGGUACCAUAAAUGGUACUUAGUGUGUAUCUUAAUUAAACAAAAUAUAUACCUUACACCUUAUUAUUUACGCUCUCUAAAUUAUAUUUUAUUUGCCAUUUUGGGAAUCAUAUUAAAAAUAAAAUAUCGUCAAUUAAAACCCGAAAGCAAUAACGUGUUAAUAUAUUUUUGUAGCCACCAAACAAUUUUACGUGUAAGAUUCAUAAGUAUUCUAGAAGGAAAUGCACAGCUUAACCAAAUAAAAUUCUUAUUCCCUUUGCGUAAAGUAAAACAUCAUCUAUUAUUAUAAUUAAUAUAUUCAUCGUUAUCUCUUAUUUCGAAUUUUAAAAUAAUUUUAUUUAAGCGAAAGUAUUUUAUUUAUAAUAAAAUAAUAAUAGAUUACAUUUUUUGUAGUAACGUUUUAAUAAAUAAAAUAAAUACAAAAUUUAUCUUUCCGGCGUUAUGAAUGUAUCUUCUUUGGCAGUUAUUAUUUAUAAUUUGUAUGAUUUAAUUGUUAAUUAAGAAUAAACAAUGAUGUCAAUAUGAAUAAAUAUUCCCCAGAUAUAAUAUAUUUUAAAACGUAUUAUAUUUUAUAGUUUUAUGUAAAUUUAUUAGAGAUUUUAUGUAUAGAUUUUUUUUAUGAUUGACAUAGAAUUUCUUUCUAGCGAAACGUUCGUGCAAUAGCAAAAUCUUAUUAAUUUAUAAAUAUUAUUUUGUUGUAUUCAUAUAUUUGUUAAGACAUUAUUAAAUAUUGGUCUCGAAUUUCAUUUUAAUUGAAUCAUCGCUUGAGUUAAUCAGUACCAGCUAUCAAAUACUCUUCGAAUUUAAUAAAUAUAGAAAGCACAUUGUACCAUUUUUGGAACCUAGUCCUUUUUUACGUUUGCAACGUAGUCAUUUUUUACUAAAAAAGUAAAAAAGGACUACGUUGAAUUUUCUUUGUCUAUAGUUAACUAUGUUUAAACUUUUCAAUUUUUAUAUAUUUUCACUUCUAUAACUUCUUUAUAUUUAAAACUGAUCAUACCAUAUCCUUUACUUAUACUUUAUGCAUAAUAGUUCAGUCCUAGGUGUCCAUUGUAUAAUAAAAUAAUAAUAAAUUAAAAAUGAACACGAUGGCGUUUUCUCUAUUUAUUAAUUUCGAAUCAGAUUAAAAAUGUGACAUUAUAUUUUAAUUUCUAUUUUAUUUUUUAUUCGCAAAUAUUGUUUGCGAUACCAAGUGAAAAAUCAGUUUAUAUUCUGUUCAGUUAUAAUCGUCUCGUAACACACCGUAUAAUGUAAUAUGAAUAAUCGAUAACAUUAACUAGAGUUCGACUUUUAUUCAAAGAAUUACCCAAAGACUGUUCUUAUUCGGUCAAUAGCAGCAAGAUUUAUGUAUUAUUCAUCUGAGUUGUGAAGUUAAUACCAUCACUUCGCGAACCGUAGAUUUUAUAUCGUCAUCAUAUUAAUUUGAGUGUUAUUUCUAUUGCAACAAGUUAAAUAUAGAUGUUAUCAUAAUUAUAAGAAAAAUAAUAUAUUGUUUCCUGUAAGUUAUGUUUAUAAAAUAUCAGCUUGAUUAUGACAAGGCCUAUAUUUAAUAUUGGUUAACAUUUAUACUAGAUACCUUAAUUAAUUAAUGUGAUGAUGACGUAAUAUAUUUUGAAAUGGGAACUUAUAUUUUUUCGUAAUUAUUGGUAUAAGUAGAUUCAAACUGUAACCUCGUGUAUUUUAAGUAAUAAAUUA